GCUUCCGGCAGCACCCAUGGGGGAGCUGCCCGCCUCGGCCUUUCGUCCUGCUCCUCGCUUCUCUUUCCUUUCUUUUUCCUUUUAUUGAUUUAUUUUUGUUGUAAUUCCCCCGGGCGCUCGGUGGGGAUUCGCGCCGCAGCCGGAGGAGGCAGGAGAAACGCGAGCCCAAAAGAGUUCUGCCACCGCCGCAGCUGAAAAAAAUCCAUAGGGGCACGGGAAGCCGCUCGGAUUCUCGGUGGAGCAGGCAAAAAGAUGGCAAAGGAGAAUGGCUACGCCCUGCACCGACACGAGGAAGGGUUAGCAGGGCAUUUACCUCCCUCCGUGUCAGCCCGAGCAGGGAGGGUCACGUCCUGCCCAUAGCAUCAGCUCCUGGGUUUAUUGUGCUGGCCACGCUUUGUGUCCGCACCGACCUUCAUCCACGUCCCGCUGCUGUGGCAGUAGGUCCCUGUUGGGUCUAGCACAGCGAUCAUGAACUGCGAACGCCAUUCAUGCCUCCCAGAUGAAAUAAGCCCUUUCAAGCCCGCAGUGCUGCACUCCUCUCCCACAAAGGGCUAUUUUCCCCCCGGGGGGGAAAAAAAAAAAAUCUCAUUCAGAGUGGCAGACAACUGUCACAGAGUUGGUUGUUUCAUCCUGGCCCGGAGCAGAGACAGAUGGAAGUGAAAAUCAGUGUCUGCUGUCAGAGGAGAUGAAGUGGGGCAGCGUUUAUCCUCAAGUUACCUAGCAAAGAGACUGGAAAACCUCUGAGCUGCGUAUGAGAACUGUGUAAACAUCAGUCACACAGCAUUUCUUUAGGUCAUGCAAUACACCAAAACCUCGUUUCCAAAGGCUAAAAAAUAUCCCUGGAUAAUUCUAUUAUAAAAAGUAACAUUGCUAUCACCUGCAGUGCUACUACAUUCUGCUUCUGGAAAACAACCCAGCCCAGGAUGUUUGUAGCUCUUCACCCCUAGUGUUUCUGACAGUAGUAUAAUGUCCUAGAGCUAAUGUAUUCAUGUAGCUAAUGUCCUAAUGUAUUCAUCCUCUAAAAUAUCAACAACUUCAAUUUUCAGAGAGAUUUGCAAAUACCCCUGACACUCAGCAAUGGCAUGCAGGGUGGAAAUCCCAUCGUGUUAGUGAAUUAGUGUCUGUCAUGUGCUCUUCGUGUCUCAUGGGUUUCAUUCACAUCCAAACAUGUUCUUGUCACUUAGGCAUCUUCCUUGUUUGAGUAUUUAACUAACUGAAUUGUUCUGCCUGGACUUAAUUUUUAAUACCUUACCUUGUCCUUUGUGCUGGUUUCCUGCAUAUAAAAUUUCGGGGCACAUCCUGCUGGAUGGGGAAGCUGAGUAAAGGAGUGUUGUUUUCCUUCAGAACUGAGUCAACGCAUCAAAACAGGUUCCUGUUGUGAAACUGCAUGACAAUAACUGAGUAAUCCCUUUCUUUUCCUGAAUCUCAGACUUUGUCUAUGCAAAUGGCAAGAUUUCUGGACACAAUUAUAGUUCAGCAGCAAAUUUAAAGGUUAAAGUAAGAUGUUAUGAACAGCCUCAGGGUCCAUGGUGAUUGUGUUCUCCCCACCUCAGCCCUGGGCAGCACAGGGCUGCAGUUUUCCAAGGAAGAGCCUGGCAGAUUGUUCAUUACAGCAUCUGGUCCUGGGACCAUCCAACAGCACAACUGGCAGUGGUUUUGUUCGUAUUAAGGAUCGGCAACUUCCACAUUUCCUCAUUCAUCGCCAGGGGCUGUCCUAAAGACACCAGAAGCCAAAGACUGCAGAGCACUUGCCCCAAGUGAACAGCUAACCCUGCACCAAACCAUGUCAGAAAGACCCAAAGCUUUUCAGUGCUGCCAGAGGCAUUUUUGCUGCUUCCUUCCAGCCCACAUCUGGUUGAAGAAGCUGCAGGACAGCUGCACUUUGCCCCACCCAAGGGGGAUGCUCAUGGUCCUCAUGUCCUGCUCUCAGAGCUGUUCCCUGGACAAAGGCUCUUCCUCCAAAAGGAUGGUCCAGCUUGCAAUAAAUACGAUUAAAGCCUCUACUGCCUGUAUUACCUUGGAUUAUGUUUCCAAAACACAAAACACCCCUCGAUCCACUGACCUUGCAGACCAGCAUCUUUUGUUUGCAUCUCUCAGCCUUUGCUCAGACCUGGGAUUGGUGACUCAGCAUGGUAAUGGUUGGCCUUGACAAUCCUGCCCAUAAUAAAAACAACAGUGAAACCAGCCAAACCCAAACCCCCCCUGCUCUCAGGUGGUCCCUUUCUCUGGCACAACUCCUGAACCACUGGAGAGGCAGGUUUUACCCACUGUCUCAGGCAAAUGCGACUUCCCUGAGGAAUCUGGAGCCGGCCUGUGUCAAAAAUUGCUCCAGUUUUCAAGUCAAAAGGCUGAUAGCACACAAUAAAUCGCUGGCCAGGCUCCAGGAUGAUAACCUUGUCAAUGCACAACUGAGCAAACGAAUAAAAGGUGUGGGUGUGGAUGCAGGAAGGCAAAUCCCUCCUGACUCAUAUGAUGAGAUGUUGACCAAAGGGUGGCUGCUCUUCGAUUAUCACCUGAGUAACAGAUCAGGGACCGGGGCAGAUGGUUCACAAGGAGGUUCCUAAGAAACCUGAGCACCUUGACAGUCUUCAAAGUCAGCAGAGAGAGGUUACAGCUUCACCACUGGAGGGUCAAUCAGUGCAGCCCUUUUUCUAAGGACUCGCUUCCAUUCUACUUUAUGUCACUGAUAAAGCACUUUAGUGCCCUCCCAGCGAAAUGUGUGGAGGUCUUUGCCCCCAUUCUCCUUUAAAUUUGUGGGGAUUUGAGACAGUAUAUUAAAAAAAAAUAAAUUAAAGAACACUAUGAGCUGUUGAAUUAGUAUUGCAAGUUACAAACAGCCCUCCUGAGCUGUGUAUGGAAAGUGGAAGGUCCCCAAGCUGUUUAAUGAGAUGUCAGCGUAACACUUUGAAGAAGCAUCUGGAAGAGCUUUGCAAUGCAGGUCAGAAGAUAUGUACAAGUGUACCUCUUCAGUUUCUGGGCAGGGAAAUGAGAGGGAUUACCUGCAGGGAAGUCUGUUGUGAAGAGAAGGAGACAUUACAUGUAGGACUACAGGUACUGAUUUAUUUAAAAGCGAAACCAGGACGAUAUUGUAACAGAGAAAAGCUGCUUGAAAGAGUUGGUUAGGUGAUGGGUUAACUCAGGGCUGCCUCCAGAAAUUUAUGAAGCAAGGAAAGAUUCCAGGCUGAGCUGGUGCAAAGGAUCCUGAACUGAUAAACACUGCCCUGUUGCAGGAAAGCCUGGCACAAGCUGCAGCUCCAGCAGCUACGGGAGCUGGAAAAGCACUGCCAACCCAGCACUACAGGCUGAAUCCUGAAUCCAGUAGGAAUUCUGAAUCCUGAAGGCAGGUCUUUGUACCUGAAACACCUUCAGCUCCCAGUCAAGCAGGCACGAGUCAGUGCCAAGUACUCUUGGAAAUCUCAGCCUCAGUGUGUCACUUAUGUUUACCUUUGCCUUAGAGCUGACAGCGAGCAAGAGCAGUCAGGGGGUUCCUCUUUCCUAUGAGAUCCCAAAGUUUCUGCAUGUGUGAGGUCACCAAGUUCCUCCAGCACACACUGGGAAAGGGGGUGCAGCCAUCCAAAGGGCAGGAUCUUGCUGAAUUGCAUGGACUAUAGUUUCUCUCUCGCUGUGAGAGCUCACGGGAAGUCAGGCAGGGUCCUGGAAACACGAGGGCUGCGGGACUGGCAAACCUGGCAAAGUGACUACCCUUGCAUGUAAGCCUGAAAAAUCCUGACAGAGCAGCGUGGCCACUGCAGAGGUUGUUCAAAACUGAGUGGAGCAGGGGGAGGAAGCUUCACAUACCUCUUAGCCACGUUUCAUUUGAUGUCAAAUUGGUUGUUUAGUUUUUCCCCUGCAAGAGACUCCACCUCCUUUCAAAGUCCCCUUAAAACCUGUUGAGAUUUUAUCCCAGUGCAGCUCCUGCUUUGUGCUGAAUAGUUACACAGGGAAAGAACAGAAAAAAAAAAAAAAAAGUCCCCAGUCCCACUUGCAGGGGAUUCAGACACCUGGUGCUUUAGAAAACUGCUGCCCUGACAAAGAAUUUCUGCUUGGAUUGAAGUGUUUUCUUGUCCCUAAAAGUAAUCUAAAGGAAGACAUUGCUUGCUACUGGCCUGGAAAACACCUUGCUUCCCCCAUUUUUUUUUCUUCCUGUUUUAGAGGAAAAGGAAACUUGAAGAAAGGAGUUUUUCUUUAGUUUUUGCUCUUCAAGCAUAGGUUAAAAUGCCAGGGAAGGAGGAGGAGGCCCUUGGCAUCGCUCAUCUCUUCCUGGAACUGCAUUGCAUCACUUGGAAAACAGGACGAGACGACAUGAGACAGCUCAUCCUGAUAUCUUUUUAAAUGCAGGGAAAUUCAUACCACCAGCAUCUACUGCAAGGAAAUGAGCAGAUGCCAAAUUUUCUUUUACACUUACAAGAAGUGAAAAGCCAUGGGCGUGUUUCCCGUUUUUAACGCGAGCAACGUUUCGCAGGCCGGCUCCUUCGAGGACAGCCACAACUGGACGGCAGCCACCCAGUUCACCCAGCCAGGAUGGAGAAUUGCUCUGUGGGCCAUCACCUACUCCUUCAUCGUUAUCACAUCCAUCGUUGGCAACACCACCAUCAUCUGGAUCAUCCUGGCACACAGGAGAAUGAGGACCGCCACCAAUUACUUCAUCGUUAACUUGGCCCUUUCGGACCUGCUGAUGUCCGCUUUCAACACCAUCUUCAAUUUUAUCUAUGCCAGUCACAAUGUCUGGUAUUUCGGAGAGGAAUUCUGCAGGUUUCAGAACUGGUUCCCCAUCACUGCAGUGUUUGUGAGCAUUUACUCCAUGACAGCCGUGGCUGCAGAGAGGUACGUGGCCAUAAUUCACCCCUUCAAGCCCAGGCUGUCUGCUGGAAGCACCAGAGUCAUCAUUGGGAUAAUCUGGCUGGUGGCAUUCGGGCUCGCCUUCCCGCAGUGCUUCUACGCCGAGAUCACGAUGGACAACGGAGCCAUGAAAUGCAUUGUGGUCUGGCCCGAUGAUGUUGGAUCCAAGCACCAGCUGACGUAUCACAUUGCUGUGAUUGUGUUGAUUUAUUUACUGCCCUUGAUGGUGAUGUUUGUUGCAUACAGCAUUAUAGGAGUUACCCUGUGGAGCAGCGCGGCUCCAGGCAACCACCUGAACAGAGUCCACUACGAACACCAAGUUAAUGCCAAAAAAAAGUUUGUGAAGACGAUGGUGGUGGUGGUGAUCAUUUUUGCUGUCUGCUGGCUGCCCUAUCACAUAUACUUCAUCCUGGGGAGCUUCAAGGAAGACAUUUACCAGCAGAAAUACAUUCAGCAGGUGUACCUCGCAGUCUUCCUCCUUGCCAUGAGCUCGACAAUGUACAACCCCAUCAUAUACUGCUGCCUGAAUCAGAGGUUUCGUUCUGGCUUCAAGCUAGCCUUCCGGUGGUGUCCGUGCAUAAAAGCAACAGAAAAAGACAAACUUAAACUUAUGUCCCCAUCUCUCUACCAGACAACCCACAGGAAGUCAAGAACAACAAGUUUCAACACAGAAACUCAGCUGAAUGAGAAAGAGAAGACAUCGUUUACCCUCACCCAAUCACCACUUUCAUUUCCUGCUUCUGGCUCCAUCCCCAUACACCAUGCCAAGGCAGCAGAUCUAUAGAAGCCUCAGGCAGGUCUUUUUCUCUGGACAACUGUUUCCUACAGGACUUCUUUGGAUGCCAUCAGCAUUAAAGGCAGUGUGUUGGUAACUUUUAUAUCCAUGUAGGUCCAAUUAUCACCCAGCUACAGAUACGAGUUAAGCCCUCCCUUACAUCAACAGCUGCAAUACAGAACAGACAUCAGCCCCAGGAGGUCAAAAAAAAUCAGCAGAGCAGAUCUGAGGCAGCGCCAAUCAGUAGAAUAUAAAUUAUUCUCUUCUACACUGUCAUCUCCUGAUUUCUGUUCCACCAAGACACUUAAAUUCAGAAAAGAGGCGAUGGAGUAGAAAGGCUGGGGCUCGAGUGGCCCAGCUGGGAUGGACCCUUGUGUGGGCAGCCCCAAGGCAGAUAACACCGUGGGGCAAAGCCUGUUUACAGCAAAUACUAACACAUCCAGACUGAAAAAUCCAGCCUGCCCUCAGAAUUUUCUGAAUCCUGGGAUUGUCACACCUGUGAUUUCACCGGCAGAAACAGUCCCUGAAGAUGCUGUCUUCGCAUGGAUUUCUAUAACCUUGUCCCAGAAUAUGAUGUUGUUUUCCUAUUAAACUGUGCUCAAGUGAUUCCUCCUUCCCGUGGGUUGUGGUGCCUAAUUUGGAGAGCAAGGCUCCCAGAAGGCUGUCAGUCAGGAACCAGGGAUGCCCACUGGCUUGUUCAGGGCUCAUGGAUCCAACCAGAAUCCACCUGCCUUACAUCCUUUUAGUCCUAACAGCAGUGGCCCACCCCUGUCUUUUCCCAGACAGUCCCUUCACCUUCCCUUUCCAGACUUACCCCAUAUUUAUCCUCACUGCUCUUCCCAGAUAUGAAAAUAAAGGCUGAAAUAUGUCAUCUUCCCA